UUAUAAUCUCUCUCUCUAUCUCUCUCUGUGCUCAAAUUUACCUCCAAAGAAAGCUUAUCUCGUAAAAAACACCACAAAGAAUGAGCUUCUGCUCUUCACCUCUCGUCAGGACGACAAUUCCUCUCGAGAGAGGAACCCUUUCGUUGUUUCAUCAAAGCGCAUCGGUGGUGAAGAUUUCAAGAACAACGGCAAUGGCGGCUCAUCAGCAAGUCGGAAGCUUUGCUGAUGCUCGAAAAGGUAUAAGCUUUGAAUUCAAACGGUUGUGCCAGGAAGGGAGAGUAGAUGCAGCUACACAACUGCUAAGGAAACUUGAAACAGAAAAAACGAACCUGGACCAAUCCGAAAUCAUCCGAAUGCUUCAGGUUUGUGCCGAUUUCGAGCUUUUCCAUGUCGAAAAAACAGUCCGUGAACUCGGUUUGAGAUUUCUAGGCAAACCCACAAACGUUUUCUCCAAAGAGUUUGAGACGCUCUACGAAUCCAGGAACAAAGGAACUACAAGUAAAAGUUCAGAUAACCAUAGCAACAGAGAUAUCAGGUUCAGGCAAAACUCAGCCGUUAAAAACCCGCUGCGAAGAUAUUCCAAACCUCGUAUCUCGUCAUCGGGUUUGAAAGGGGACAGAGACAACAACCUUACUCCAGACAAGAAUGGAGCUAAUCCUGAUAGAAGCAAGGCCUUACAAAAGCUAAAGUCUUUAGGAAAGGAAGUAAGAGAAGCAGGCUACUUACCAGACACAAGGUAUGUUCUCCAUGAUGUUGAUGAAGAAGCUAAGGAGAAAGCAUUGAUGCAUCAUAGUGAAAGGUUAGCCAUUGCCUUUGGGCUUAUCAGCACGCCUCCCGGGACGACGAUAAGAGUAAUGAAAAAUCUAAGGAUAUGCGGAGACUGUCACAACUUCAUCAAGAUCUUAUCAAGUAUUGAAGAUCGAGAGUUCGUUGUUAGAGACAACAAGCGGUUUCAUCAUUUCAGAGAUGGAAGAUGCUCAUGCGGAGAUUACUGGUAACCGAAACCCGCAAAAUGUAGGGCAAAAUCAACUCUGGGUUUGUAUAAAAGACUGAAAAUUAUAUGACCACUCUCAUUUCAGA